GGAAAACACAGAGCGAGUCCUCCUGAGUGGAUAGCGAUCAUCUGAGCAAAGGGGGGGGGGGGGAGGAGAGCUGUAACUCGAUUGUGUUUAUUUUAAAAAAGAAACGCUUUUUUGGAAAUCAUGAUGGCAACUGAGAAGACUCCUUGAGUCCAGAGAAGCCACAGGAAAGGAGGGAUUGGCUGGUCGAGAGAAGAAACAGAAGCUCCAGUUUGCUAAAGGAUCCUUGACCAACAUGGCAACCCACCUGAACCUGUCUUCACAGAGAUUCUUGAUACAAUGAUAAAGAUGGAACAAAGGAAAAAAACAAAUAUUCCUGAUCUUCAAAAAUCAGAGGACACAGAUACAGUUCCUCAUGUUCACUCAGGCCCUCCUAAUGUGAGAGUAAAGAUGGAAAGAGAAGCUGAUGAUCCAUGGAUACCAAAUCACCAGGGCUCUGAGGAAAGUAAGACCUUCCCUGGUGCUCACUCAGGCUUUCCUAAAGAGAUGACAAAAGUGAAAGAUGAGGGGAAAUUGUGGCAUCAUCUGGCUGAAGAGGGAAGCAAAGUCUUUCCAACUAUCUGUUCAGGAUUUCCAGGUGUCAAAUCAAACUUGGUCCCCCAAGCCAAACAAGAGGAAAUGCCUUGGAUUCAAGAACAAAAGAUCUGUGGAAAAAAUGAGGUUCCAGAGUCCACCUCAGAGUUUUCUGUUGUGAAGGUAAAAGUGGAAGAAGUAGAGGAACCGCUGGUAUCGGAUGUCCAGGACUAUGACGAAGGGUUUCCUGGUGUGAUCAUAAAAGUAGAACCAGAAGAGGAGCCCUGGGUCUCGGACUUUCAGGCUGAGGAGAUGGCAACUGUGUCAGGUGCCCAGUCAGGGAAUGAGCGUGUGAAAGAAGAGGAAGAGGAGAACGUUCUGCUGGGAAAUCCUACACACAACAAAACAAUGUUGGCAGUGGUCAAAGGGAGCAUAUUCCGCUGUCUGGGGAAGCCAGAUCAAUAUAGGUCAGAAAAGCAGCUGGGAAAUUACCCUGGGAAGAAAGUUGGAAAGAAACCCUACAAAUGUUCCCAUUAUGGCAGGAUCUACAUUUGGAGAAAAUACUUUCUCGCUCAGGAGAAAGCUCACACAGGGGAGAAACCCUAUAAAUGUUCCAGCUGCGGGAAGACCUUCAACGUGCGAUCCUACCUCCUUGCUCAUGAGCGAACCCACACAGGGGAGAAGCCGCACAAAUGCUCGCUUUGCGGGAAAGGCUUCAACGUGAGGUCCUACCUGAUCGCUCACUGGAGAACCCACACCGGAGAGAAGCCCCACAUCUGCUCAUUCUGCGGGAAAAGUUUCAGCGGGCGGUCGAACCUGAACAGGCACCAGAGGAGCCACACAGGGGAGAAGCCAUACACAUGUGCUGUCUGCGGGAGAAGCUUCAGCCACAAAGCUCACAUGAUCAGGCACGAGCGGAUCCACACGGGGGAGAAACCCUACAAGUGCUCACAGUGUCUGAAGAGCUUCAGCCAGAGCUCAACCCUCAUUGCGCAUGAGAAGACCCACACGGAGAAGCCAUACAAGUGCUCACACUGCAAGAAGAGCUUCAGCCAGAGUUCCAAACUGGCAACCCAUGAGAGAACCCACACGGGAGAGAAACCCUACGAGUGCCCCUCCUGCGGGAAGGGCUUCAAUCACCGGUCCGAUUACAUCAUCCACGAGAGAACCCAUACGGGAGACAAACCGUAUCCAUGUUCCGUCUGUGGGAAAGGCUUCAGUGGAAGGUCCAACCUGACGAGACACGAAAGAAGCCACACAGGAGAGAAGCCGUACCUCUGUUCGCUCUGUGGGAAGGGCUUUUGCCACAAGGCUCACCUUCUCCGGCAUGAGAAAAUCCACACGGGGGAGAAGCCGUACAAAUGUGUGGCUUGCGGGGAGAGCUUCAAACAUCGCACUGACCUCAUUGGCCAUGAGCGGAGUCAUUCAGGGGUCAAACAGUACACCUGUGCAGCCUGUGGGAAGAGCUUCAGUGGGAAAUCUAAUCUGAACAGGCACAAAAGGAGCCACACGGGUGAAAAACCCUACCCCUGCCUGGUGUGCGGCAGAAGCUUCAGUCACAAGGCACACCUGAUCAGGCACGAGAGGAUCCAUACAGGAGAGAAACCCUAUAAGUGUUCACACUGUCUGAAAAGCUUCAAUCAGAGCUCCACCCUUGUGGCCCACGAGAAGACCCACAGAGGGGAGAAACCAUAUAGAUCAUGAGACUGGA